CCAGCAUUUCUUCCCCUUGCCGUUCCUGCAAGGCAACCGAACCAACCCCCGAAAGCCGAGACCUCCUCACCUGACCAUCUUCCCAAAUUCUUCCCCCCAUGCCGCCGAAUCCUCCUCUCCCCCACCCGCAAAACCGCGUCUAGGGUUCUCGCCUCCACCCACCGCGGCCCUACCCUCGUCUCAUCCCCUUCCCCUCCCGCACCGCCGCCGCCGCGGCAGAUGGCGCUGCUCGGCGACGCGCUGCGGCAGGCGUUCCUGAUGCCGCGGCGCGCCUACGCGGCGCUCCGCGACGACGAGCACUCCCUCCCGCGCCUCCGCCGCCCGCUGGCCGUGGCCGCCGCCUGCUGCGUCGCCGCCGCCGUGGCCGCCGCGGCGUGCGUCAGCCUCGGGAUCGUAUUCCCCGCCGAGCCCGCGGAGCGGCCCUUCUGCCGGGAGCGCCGCAUGCUGGAGGCGCUGCCCGCCGCCGCCAGCAGCAGGGAGGAGGAGCCCGAGGCGUACCGCUAUCGCGGGGGCGCCUUCUACAUGACCACCGCCGAGGCCGCCGACUUCUACUGGAUGGUCGUCUUCGUACCCUCCGCCGUCCUCUUCGGCGCCUCCCUCACCUACCUUGUAGCUGGAAUGUCUGUUGCAUAUGCUGCUCCAAGAAGGCAUCCCAUGAUCUGCAUUGUUGAGAAUAACUUCUGUGCUUCUAGAAGAGGUGGUGUUCGUUGCCUGGCUAUACUUAAUGCAGUUUUUGCAGUAGUAUUUGGUCUCAUGGCAAUUGUUCUAGGAUCAACAUUGCUGGCCUUAGGAAGUACAUGCUCUGUUCCACUUUUCUGGUGCUAUGAAAUUACAGCCUGGGGUUUGGCAAUUUUAUACGGUGGCACAGCCUUCUCCUUGAGAAGGAAAGCCGCAGUUGUCCUUGACGAGGGCGAUUACGCUACCCACAAUGUGGGUCUAGAGAUGCUAGAGUCCAAAAUGGAAGUGACUCCAGAGAUGCAGCGGCGCAUAAACGACGGUUUCAAGCAAUGGAUGGGUUCGUCCCUUCUUUCUUCUGAUGACGAGGAUGAAGCCUCGGAUGACUAUAUCGAGCACAAUGGUCCUAGCCUGACUGCUUCCGUUGAACAACACAGGCAGGAGAAUGAUUUAGAGACCUGACUGCUGUAUAAAUAAAUGUACAUAGAGUUCCACUUAUUGGUUGAGGUUUGGUGUUGUUGUAAAUGCCUGGUUCGGGUGCGAUUGCUAACAAGUGAUUGCUUUUGUUCCUUUUUUCACUAGAGAGAGAGCGGAGAAAAUGAGGGAGUAGUUAGCUUCUCAAGUUCCUCUGUUUGGGGUUUCAUAUUUUGUUAUACUUACCACAUCCCAUUCGCACAUGCAUAGAAAAAAAUAGAUAGGGGCAUACGUGUAUGCACGUUAUUUUCUGAAGUCAAUGCCAUCUGGAAGUCUCAUGGCCUCUUUGGCAGGUAUCUGGAA